UCUCUUAUUAAACCUUUCACUUCUCUAAGAGCUUCAUCCUUAUAACCAACCUCCAUUAAUGGUGAACUCUGAGCUAGUCUUCCCGGCCGAAGUAGAGUGUGCUCACCGUGUUCCGGUGCCACCCUCGAAACCUUUCUCCGAAGCCUUGAAAGCAAACCUCAAAGAAACAUUCUUCCCUGAUGACCCUCUUCGCCAAUUCAAGAACCAACCUCCAUUAAAGAAGUUCACCAAUGGCCUCCAAUAUUUAAUUCCCUUUCUUGAAUGGGCACCAAAGUACACUCUUGCUUACUUUAAGUCUGAUCUCAUUGCCGGUAUCACCAUAGCAAGCCUUGCAAUUCCUCAAGGCAUUAGUUAUGCAAAGCUUGGCAACCUCCCUCCUAUUCUUGGCCUAUAUUCAAGCUUUGUGCCACCGCUUGUUUAUGCAAUGUUGGGGAGCUCAAAGGACGUUGCCGUCGGCACGGUGGCUGUCGCAUCUCUGCUUAUCGCUUCGAUGUUCAGCAAGGAGGUUUCGGCUUCACAAAACCCAGGGCUUUAUCUUCACUUGGCCUUCACUGCCACCUUCUUUGCUGGUGUCUUUGAAGCUGCCUUAGGCUUUCUUAGGUUAGGGUUCAUAGUGGAUUUUCUAUCUCAUGCAACCAUAGUGGGAUUCAUGGGAGGAGCUGCAACAGUGGUGUGCCUUCAACAACUCAAAGGAAUUCUAGGACUUGAGCAUUUCACCACUUCUACUGAUCUUGUAUCUGUCAUGGAGUCUGUCUUUACUCAGACCCAAAAAUGGAGAUGGGAAAGUGUGUUGCUUGGAUGUUGCUUUUUAUGUUUUCUCCUCAGCACGCGCUAUUUUGGCAAAGUCAGACCAAAAUAUUUUUGGGUGUCAGCAUCUGCACCAUUAAUAUCUGUCAUCUUUGGAAGUGUUUUGGUGUAUUUAACUCAUGCUGAAAAUCAUGGUGUUCAAGUGAUUGGUCACCUAAAGAAAGGAUUGAACCCAAUAUCAGUAACCAACCUAGUCCUCUCACCACCACACAUGAUGCUUGCACUGAAAGUUGGCAUUAUCACUGGGAUCAUUGCCCUUGCGGAAGGAAUUGCCGUUGGAAGGAGUUUCGCCAUGUUUAAAAACUACCAUAUUGAUGGCAACAAGGAAAUGAUCGCCUUCGGUAUGAUGAACAUAGUCGGAUCAUUCACAUCGUGUUACUUAACAACCGGACCGUUUUCGAGAAGUGCGGUGAACUACAAUGCAGGAUGCAAGACAGCAAUGUCAAAUGUGAUAAUGGCAAUGGCAGUGAUGAUCACAUUGUUGUUCUUGACACCAUUGUUUCAUUACACUCCUCUGGUAGUCCUUUCGGCCAUCAUCAUCUCGGCAAUGCUCGGCCUUCUCGACUACGAGGCUGCCAUUCACCUCUGGCACGUUGAUAAGAUGGACUUCUUCAAUUGUAUUGCGGCCUAUUUGGGUGUCGUCUUUUGUAGCGUUGAAAUUGGACUUGUCCUUGCUGUUUCCAUAUCGAUACUUAGAGUACUAUUAUUUGUUGCGAGACCAAGGACUACAGUAUUAGGUAAUAUGCCGAACUCGAUGAUCUACCGCAGAAUGGAUCAGUACCCAAUGGCUCAAUGUGUUCCCGGUGUCUUCAUCAUCCAAAUUGAUGCUCCAAUUUAUUUUGCGAAUUCAAGCUACCUAAGAGAAAGGUUAUCUAGAUGGAUUGAUGAAGAGGAGGACAAGAUAAAGGACAAGGGAGAGGAUACAUUGCAAUAUGUGAUACUGGACAUGGGUGCUGUGGGAAGCAUUGACACAAGUGGCAUUAGCAUGUUAGGAGAAGUCAAGAAGACUUUGGAAAGAAGAGGACUUCAACUAGUGUUAGCAAACCCGGGAAGUGAGGUGAUGAAGAAGCUUGAUAAAUCAAAGGUACUUGAAGAGAUUGGCCAUGCAUGGAUUUUUCUAACUGUUGGAGAGGCUGUUGGAGCUUGUAGUUUCUUGCUUCACACUUGUAAAGCAAGAACAGUUAGCAGUGUCAAUAGUGAUGUUUUGGCUCAUGAUAAUAUUGUUUGAAGAUGCAAAUGCAUGGUGUAAGGUUGUAAUCCUUGAAAUAUCUAUAUACUCAAAAUUUAUAAUUUGGGGUCUAUUAAUUAAUAACCCUUUUUAUUUUUGUUUGCUCU